CGCUGGCACGGGCUGAGAGUCAAAUAGGCUGACAUUCGAGAACAACUCAACGGUGUGCUGGAGGUGGCAAGAGCGAUGCGAGGGCAAGGCUGGAGCUGAGCCUGCGAGACAUAGCUAGGAUAUCCGUCAAACUGAGCUCAUUUAGUCGCCAAAGAAAGCCUAACGUUCUACAGUAAGCGUUUAAAGGACGAGAGACCAUGUCGGUGCUGGCUUUACAAGAAUACGAAUUCGAGAGGCAAUUCAAUGAAGAUGAAGCCAUUCGAUGGAUGCAGGAGAACUGGAAGAAGUCCUUCCUCUUCUCUGCACUCUACGCUGCCUGCAUACUCGGUGGGCGGCAUGUAAUGAAACAAAGGGAGAAGUUUGAAUUGAGGAAACCUUUAGUACUAUGGUCUUUAACACUUGCAGCCUUCAGUAUAUUUGGUGCCAUCAGAACUGGAGGCUACAUGAUGAACAUCUUGAUGACCAAAGGCCUAAAGCAGUCAGUGUGCGAUCAGAGUUUCUACAACGGACCAGUCAGCAAGUUCUGGGCCUAUGCUUUUGUCCUCAGCAAGGCACCUGAACUAGGAGACACACUAUUCAUCGUCUUGCGGAAGCAAAAGCUGAUUUUCCUGCACUGGUAUCAUCACAUCACAGUUUUGCUCUAUUCCUGGUACUCCUACAAGGACAUGGUGGCUGGCGGGGGCUGGUUCAUGACCAUGAACUAUCUGGUGCACGCCGUCAUGUAUUCUUACUACGCUCUACGGGCCGCCGGCUUCAAAAUCUCUCGCAAGUUCGCCAUGUUCAUCACCCUGACGCAGAUCUCCCAGAUGGUGAUGGGCUGCGUGGUCAACUACCUGGUGUAUUCGUGGAUGCAACAAGGCCAAGAGUGCCCAUCCCACGUGCAGAACAUUGUGUGGUCGUCCCUCAUGUACCUCAGCUACUUUGUGCUCUUCUGCCAGUUCUUCUUCGAAGCCUACAUCACCAAGACCAAAUCCAAUGCAGCCAAGAAAAGCCAAUAAAUCAAGAAAAUGAUUUUAAAAAAUUUAAUCAAGGAGAGGUGGGGAAAAACUAAAUGGACCAAUGAUUGGUAGUGGAUGGAUGAGUCUUUACAGUUAGGGCUUAUGAACUUGCAGAAGAAAGAAGCAAAGACAAUGAGGGGCUACUAUCAAAGCUUGUGCAUACUGUACUACUAACGUAUAGAAAUAAACCUCCCCGCCACUAGGGAAGCUCUAUUGAGCCGCACUGAGAAAUCAUUACGAUUAUAUCAGUUGAACAAAAAAAAUGUGUCUUUAUGUAAUGUUUAUGUGCCCAAUACAAUUCUCUGUAUUUAAAAAAAAAAGUGUAUAGAUUAAAAAAAAGGGAUGCAAAAUAAAUUAAAACAGAAUUAAGUCGUCAAAAUGGACUGGGACAUUUUGAAAAAGGAACUUAUAUGGAUAGAAUUAAUAUUUGUGUGGUUAUGUCUAAACAUUAAAUGUUACUGUUGCAUUUUUAUUUUUAUUGAUUAGAUAGAUCGUGUGCGGUAGUUUUGUACGAAAGCCAUGUCAAUGGAAGACUGGUAAAUGUUGAGCUAAAAAUGCCACAGUGUGUUCUGUGUUCUGUGUUCAGCGUCGCAGCACCAAAAUUCUCUCAGGUCUUAAGAGUUUUCCAUUUGAUGUUCAGAUCAUUUUAGAAAUAAAAAGAAAACUAAACAAAAAAGCAAAAUAGUCAAGGUA